AGAUUGUGAGCAGCAGAGCAGUGAGUCUCUUUGGUCCGCAAAAAGCUUUACGCAGAUACCCACAUCACGGUGCUCCGCCUCGAGACAGUUCCUCCGAAAUGGGAAAUGGGUGUCGGUGGCAUCUUGCUAAACGAAUCUGACCACGGACAUUUUUCUGGUGAUGUAUUUAAAGACAUCGACUGGUGUCAUCAGACAUUCUUUGUGAUGAAGCUGACACGAAAAAAUACCGCGUUCUACACGCUAACUUGAGAGGCGCCACAUAAAUAUUAACAAAAACUCCAACACCCAGAACCGCAGCUGUUCUUUAUGUGCGCAGAGUUACUUACGAUUUAGCCAGUGAAGCAGAACAAACCAUCGGUCACAAUGGGACUCCUCGAGUGUCCUGUAUGUACCCUCUACCUCCGGGCCGAUAUGAGCCUGGAGGAACAUCUUGGGACCCAUCCUACCGACAAAGUCAUCAAAGCUUUGGUGUCGAUGGCUACCAAAGCACAAACGCCGGCCCCAACACCUACAGUUGCCAGCCCAGUAGUUGCCAAUAGCGUAUCGUCACCAAUGGAAUUGGCAAUGAUGGCGGUAGCAUCCGGCUCACGACCCCGUACGCCACCGAAUGCCCUCAUGUUUCACACCAGUGGUUACGAGCCCGUCGAUUUAAAAUACAAUACAAAAUAUGAGCCUAUUAAGCAGGCAGCUCCACCUCCUCCUCCGCCACCACCAGCACCAAUGGUGCCAAACGCCAUUCCAACUGCAAUCACUGUUGUCAAAGCUUCCGAUAUGGGUUACCCAAUAAACAAUGUCAUGAUCGUCAAAAGUUGCAGCACGAAAUAUGUCCAGCAAAUACCGCAGACCAGCGGUAAUAGUAGUGGACUUGGAAUGUCAACCAGAACAUCUACAGUGUAUCCUUCUGGUACAAUUGAGGGGCGAAAUGUGUUUAUAGAGCAUGACAGAGGAGGGAGUGGAAGUUUGAUGCCCAGGAGGCAAAUAGCUCCCUCAUUCUAUCCUCGUUACACCAACGAGCGUUAUUCAGGCCCUCCUCCCCCAUAUAGUACUGCAAUUACAUCAACAAUAUCCGCAAACUCACAACUGCAGCAAGCUUCAAUGACCGGUAACGCUCCGAAAUAUGAGCAGAAACCUACUAUACAAUCUCAACAACCUGCAUUCUGUUCAAAUCCUCCAACGACGUCGGUUGUAGCACAUCCCACACCUACUGUUGCAGUACAACAACAACACAUUUACCAUGCUCCGCCCACUGGACCACCGUCUCUUGAGCUACAACAGACUGAUGUCGGAAUUCAUCAACCAAGUGAACAGAUAGAAUUAGAAACUAGCAAUUUCGAUGACCAAAAUAUCCUGCAAGCUCAAUAUACUGAAAAGGAGGAUGGAAACUUUUUAGUCACCGAAAAUCCAAAAAAAGUCGUAGAGUACACGGAAAAUGACGAGGGUGACUUCAUGGUUAUUGAAAAAAUCGUUAAAUCUCCACCGAGGGUUGUCCAAAUCGACGAAGAAAUGCAACCUGCAUCGACAUCUAAGCAAGAAAUAGAAAUGGAGCAAUCCGUACACAUGCAAGAGGAAGACGAACGGAAGGACUAUGUAAUGACAAUCGAUGAAGAGGAAGAGUCAUACGAAGAAACAAACGUUCAUGAUGAUUCGAAAGCUGAUACUAUUGAAAUAGUAGAGAAUGAGGACGGAACCUUUGACGAUAACCGCGGAUGUUUCGGCGUCAAAGAGAUGCCAAAACCGAUGCUGAUCAGUAGCAUCGGCAGUUCUAAGAAGUGCAAUAAGUUUAAUUUGAUCGUCGAUUCGCAGUUUCAUAACUCGGGAGCUUCGUCAAGUAGCAUUCCUACUUCCCGAAAAAGACCAACCAGUGGCCUGAAGGUACUGAGUAAUGUGAAAGUGACGACGGAUUUGUCGCAAGGCAUUAAAGAUAUUAUAUUGAAUCUGAAUAGCAAAAACAAAACAACCAAUGUUGCUGGUAACAACGGUGGUCCUUCCAACGGAGAUGAGAUGUCGGCUUCUCUAAUCACUAGCACGAAGCCAACCGCCGCCGUAGUGAACAACAAUUGCCAAAACGAGCUUAUUAUUAAUGCCGGUAGCAACAUGCCUCCGAUUGAUCUCAAUAAUGUCAACGACAUCGAAAUUAUUAACGACGAUGAAGAAGAAAAUUGCACAGACGAAGAAGAAGAAUGCUAUGUGGGAUCCAUGGAAGUAAAGGCAGCAAGCAACGAUGCCUAUCGUUUAGAUAAGGAUGCGUUAGAAGCUGGUUCGUCACAAAAUGCUUCCAGAACAACUCCAACUCCUUCGGUUAUAACGAGUGUUAUCCGAAUGACUCCUCAUUCAUCGCCGUUAAUUACUCCGUUAGAAUCACCACAGCCGGCAUCUACUGCAAUCGUGCAUACCAACUCUGAUCCGACUGUAGAACUCGUUGAAGCUUCACACCGGUCAGAGACCGCCACUUGCAGCAAUCAGAUCCAGAGAGCGGAGAAUGUAACACAUGAUUAUUCUCAGAAACAACCCCAAGUGGUAAGAAAACCUCCGCAAAUUACAACCUGUUCAUCGGGGCUUUUGUUCAAUAAACCGCCGAAGAAGUUGACCGUGAAGCUGAAAACUCCCCUUCCGCCUGCACCUCCACCAACCCCUCCUCUUAUUCCUACAGCGUUUGCGCCAGUGGUACCCAAAACAGAACACAAUGCAACCGAUUCCAUGAAACAGGAAUCUCAGCAGAACAACUAUCACCAACAAGAAGAAGCUGCAUCGGAAGGUGAUGAUCUAUCGGCGUCAGUAGAGGAAACCAAGUACAUCAUCCCCAUUCACGAGCAAUCGUCAGAGAUACUUACCCCAUCCAUAGAUGGCAAUGGAUUAUCCGCUUCCAAUGUGGCCUUUAACGAGCCAUCAACGUCAAAAACAUUCACGACCUAUAUCACCACCAAAAUCGAGAAAGAUAAUGUGACAGAAUCGGUAGUAUUCAGUCAGUCUUCUUCGACUAGUGAAAGCAGUAACUGCAAAGCCGUACCAAGCCCAACUUUGAAUGCAAAUGAAAAUGCUUCGGAUCAGAAUGUAAUUACACCCGCGACCAAACAAGAAAUCGUUCAGACCACCACCACUGAGGUCGAAUGCUACAACAUCACUUUCAUCGACGACGAAGGUGGUGUUCUGAACAAUUUUCCUGGUGACUCGAGAUCGAUGGCGAUACACGAUGCAAUCGCACAAAAUUUGGAAAUCAAUAAUGAUAAUUGCACUACAACUAUCGUGAAGCAAGAUGGGGAGCAAAAGUCUGGUUGCAGUGGAAGCAAUAUAGAAAUAACAGGAAUUUAUGCACUCUCUCCAUCAAAUAUAGCGCAAGUGUCGAGUGACACUGAAAACGUGACAGCAUCGUGUGCAUCAGAAGUCUUCGAAUCCGAAGAACUCAAAAGUCGCAUCAAAAUUGAACAUGUCGAAAAGCUUACACGAAGUGAAGAAGAAAUGUCAACAGAUGAACAUGGAGGCGAUGAAAACGAACAUAAGAUAACUAAAACCGAACUCGAUGCUGAGGUCACAUCGUUACACGCUGCUAACAAUAUCACAUACCAGAAUGAUCAAAGAGAUCUUCUUGAGGCUGGACCUUCGAGAGAUAUUAAAACCACAACAGAUAGUAACAGUGGCAACAGUGCAGCGCACAGUAAUGUCGAAAACGCCGAACCAACAUUCCUUGAAUAUAGCGAAGAGUAUGAUGAUUAUGUACCAAUCAGUGGAUAUGGGAUCCCACAGGAACAGAUUCCGCUAUCGUGGGUGCAGAAAUUCAGCCCGCAGUACACUCCGUUCGAUGAUCAGAACUCCUACAUGGACCUGGACAUGUGCAGCAGCAAAACGAAUUCCAACAGCGUUGGGGAAAAUAGUACCAGCAGGGGAAGCGGCAGUGGAAGCCACGCCAGUCGAAUUGACAGCAUGGAUCGCGCGCCAUCGGCCGAAAGUUUGAAUAUUCGGACCGAUGAAAAAAUGCCCGCAAAAGGUGAAAUUUCAGAACAAGAAAGUAACGGGGACAUGGAGUUAUCAUGGAAUAGGUUAUAUCCAGUUCAUGAAAAUAUUCCAAUCUACCCGAGCUCGUACGAUCUGUCGACCGCACAGGAAUGUUGGAACUUGAGCAACCGUCAUUCCAGUGCGCUAAACAACAGCAGCAGCAGCAGUACCAGUAACAAUAAUCUUCACCAUAUAGCAGGACCAUCGUCUAGUUCCACCGUGGCUUCGCAUCAUUUAGCACAUGCCUCUUCUUAUCACCAAGGACACCAAUCGCAUGGCAUGAGCUUCCAAUUUGCACCUCAUAGUGAGAAUCGGAACGAAAUGGAGGAACAAAUGGACGACAAGUCGAAAAUUCGGUUAGAGUACGGGAUCAGCUGUGUGGGUAGUUAUGGAAAUGUGGCGGCUCCUAGUGGUAGCAGUGGUGAACCAAAUGAAGAAGCCAAUAGAAAGUUGGUUAAAAUCCGUACUUACCGCUGUACAGAAUGUCCCAAAUCUUUUGCAACACUGAAACAACGGCGUACUCAUAUUUUGGCCGAGCACGAGGCGGAAACGAAGCUUAAUGUUUUGGGGGCAAGCUCAGCGACUGUUACAUCAGCACAUGCAACGUCGACCGUUACAUCAGGUUUCUUUUCUACUCCAGCAGCUUCGGCUGGGGAAGGGUCGAGCACUUCAUUGUUGACUAAGAAAAUAAAGAUAGAACCACAACCGGUGCUAAUGAGUUACAGUUCUUUAAAACUAGAAUUGGAGCAGAAACAAGAAGGAGCGGAAGUUCCCGGAUCAGCUAGUGGUGUUCUGGCGGGGAGCAGUAAUGGUGGUGGGGAGGUACGUCGAAAACGCACUUAUGUUUGCGGCACGUGCAAGCAUGAGUUUGAUAGAUUUAAAUUAUUCAAUGCUCAUCUUAUGAUACAUCCGGCUGAAUGUUACACCUGCGGAAGAAGCUUUAAGCAUUGGCCAAACUUUGCAUUACACAUCAAAAGACACUUGGGCAUCAAAGAUCACCAAUGCAGACUUUGUGGGAAGAAGUUUGUUAUCAAACAAAAGCUUAUCGAGCACAUGAGAGUUCACACAGGAAAGGCGCCCAUAAAGUGUCCUGACUGUGAUCAACACUUCCGUCGGUUCUCAAACUUAGCUCAGCACCGCAAUCGACACCAUCUGAAUAAAGUUCCCUCGAAGAAAGAUUUCGUCUGUCAUUGCGGGGAAGUUUUUCAAUCGAAGGCCAAGAUGGAGUGGCACAAGGAAAUCCAUGAAAACAAGCCAAAAAGUUGUCCCUUCUGUCGGGAAAAAUUCAUUCAUAAAAACAGUCUCACCAGACACAUCCGUUUAUCUCACACAGAGAAGUAUGUGAAGUUGGAAACGGCAACCGAAAUGUGCACACUCUGUAAUCAACCCUACAUCAAAACCAGCAUGAAACGUCAUAUGGAAACGCACAAUGCCAACGAGCGAAUGGCAUUCUCCUGCACGAUAUGCAAUAAAGUAUUCAGUACUAACUGGAACCUAAAGCAGCAUCGAUGGACACACGCCAAUCCUACGUUGAAACCGUUUCAGUGCAAUAUGUGUUCGAGUGGGUUCGUUCGUGAGGCGGACUACAUCACUCACAUGAACGCCCACAAAUCCAUACGACCGUACACGUGCAACCACUGCGGGUGCCAAUUCAUCCGCAAGUACAACUGGAUUCGACACACCCGUGAACAUGAAACCGAUAAGAACUACACUUGCGAAAUUUGUGGCCGCAAGUUUCACCGGAAGUACUAUCUAACCGAGCACAAGCGGAUACACACUGGCGAGCGCCCGUUUUCGUGCAACAUUUGUGGCAAAACAUCGUCAACCAAGACAAACCACAACAAGCACAUCAAAAUUCAUCACGCCCGGGAUCCGCUCACAGCGGAAGGCUAAUCCUUUCCAAGCAAGAAUCAGUUCCUGGGGUAGUGUUCUUUCGUGUUCGAAUAUCGCGUUGAAAUGCCGUACUACUACAUUAAUUGCUAACGCAAUUUUAACCACAUUUUGAUUUUUGUUUUCAAAAGAAAAAAUGACUGGAAAACAGUAAUUUGGAUUUUAAAUUAUCCUAGCAAUUUUGUUUCUGCAUUUUGUAUGGUUUCUCAUUAUUAUGGGACUAUCCAAGAAUUAGUUAUUAUUGGUACAAUGAAAGGUUUUCUUUCUCACGGUAGACGUCGAUAUGAAAUCAAAAAUAGACAAAAUAGUGUAUAACAUUAUUUAUUUUAGCAUAAAAUUCGUUUUUACAAAUUAAGUAUGAUAUGCAUUCUGUAAAGCAAGCCUGAUUAUAAGAAGGAUAAACAUAUAAAAAGAACUGAUUUGCUAACACAGAAGUUUUAGGAAAAUAGCUUCAGAA